CUUUCGUUCCGGAUGCACAUCGACGCAGACAUGGCGGCUGAGGGAGAUGUGGAUUUGGACCUGGAGGCCGAGGAGAACUGCACCGGGAAACCGACAGAAAAACCUCGCAAACACGACAGCGGGGCUGCCGAUUUAGAGAGAGUCACAGAUUAUGCAGAGGAGAAAGAAAUCUCGAGUUCGGACCUGGAGACGGCCAUGUCCGUGAUUGGAGACAGGAGAUCCAGAGAGCAGAAGGCAAAACAGGAAAGAGAAAAAGAACUGGCCAAAGUCACAAUCAAGAAGGAGGACGUAGAGCUCAUUAUGGGAGAGAUGGAGAUUCCCAGAGGGGUGGCAGAGCGCAGUUUGAGAGAACACAUGGGCAACGUUGUAGAGGCACUGAUUGCGCUGACCAACUGAACUGUCAUGACUCAACUAUGACCAGUAGCAUGGACACCUUGGACUGCCUCUUUUUCUGCAGUGAACCCAUUCCACACUUUACUGUAUUUAACAUCUGUAAUAAACUAUCUUGCCUGUUCACUAGUGCAAUUCA